AAUUUAAUCGAAAAAUUUUGAUUGCCAUCAUUAUCAAUUGCCACAUAAAAUUGCACUAAACUUUAUGUAAUAGGAGUUUCAAUAACGCAACGGAUUGUAACACGAAUCUGGAAGUGAUGAGGUUCAAUGAUGCGAGAGAACCAGUCGUAUGUAGAAAAACUACCGAGUCAUUAGCAACAAACGAGAUUCAUCACGAUGAAAGUGUCAAACACGUACGACCAACAAUGUCAAAAUACCGAACACAGGAAACUCAGCAAAAUCAGCAAACUCUUUAUUCGGACCAAACUUUUCUUCAAAAGGAGCAAGAUAAUAUGAGUACAUGUGACACAAGUGAACCGCAAAAUGACGUCAUCAAUAAAGUAUACAAAUCUUUUAACGACAAAUCUUGCAGUAUCAAAUUGAAGAAAGUACAGAGUGCUUCGACAUUAAAGAUAAUCGUGCGUAAAAUGUGUCUAGAGAAUGUCCCCAACCCUCUGAAACCUAUCGUUAUUCGCUUGCGUUUACCGUGCAAACCGAGUGAUUUGAUUCAGUGUAUCUUCGAGAUCGAUCCGUUUUUAGAUGAAUCCUGCUUGAUGAGGCGAAAAUUUCAAGUUAGCAUGUAUAACGUUUGCUCGUGUCUCAAUGACAGUCUUGGAAAAUUAGGCGUUAAAGUGACGAAGUCUAAAUUACGUCUCGAUUGCAAUAUACGUCCCGGAUACAUCAGCUUCAAAUUAAAAGCCGAUGGAGCAAGCAAUGCCGAUAGGCAUUUCUUCGUCGCGCGAGUUCCGAUCUGUCAAAAUGUUUGCCAGUAUACGAUUCAACAAGAUUCUGCCGUUUCCUCGCGUGACUCAAAGUUGAAUAUUAAAACAAGCGUGAUACGUGAUAAGUUUAAUGAUACACGUAUGGAUGAAGAAAGUGACGAGUUGAAUAACACGUGUUGUCCAUGCUUAGAUCAAAGUUUUGUAGAAAACUUAGUACUGAAUACAUCACAAGACAAAAGAGAAAAUGAAGAAGAAACCAUAUGCAUUACUGACAAGGUUCCAAAGUGCUUUAAUGAUUUUACAAUCUCUUCGUGUGAUAAAGUUUGUGAGAAUAUUACGAAAGAAAUAUCUAACGUGGCGUUACACACUGAUAAACUCGAGGAAGGUAAUGAAGAACAUUGUAAAAUUUUAGAUUCAAUCGAGAUCAAGUGUCAUGACGGGAUGGAAACGUGUAAGAAAAAUUUCCAUUUGAGCAAUUUGAUUGUAGAGAGUGAAUUCAUACAAUCGGCAAACGACGCGAAUUAUACAUAUUUGUCAUAUGACAUUUCCAUAGAAGCAAACAAAGACAUUAUAAAUAUUAGCAGCAAAAAUUUAAAGAAUUCCUCACACACUACUAAUGUUGACGAAUAUAAGCGGGUUUGUCCGUCAGAUAAAGAAUCUAAAGAAGGAAAUAAAUAUAAUGAUAUCGAUACAUGUAGCAUUACAUCAUUCGUACAAAAUUCCGAUCGCGAUAAACAAUUAGUAGAACUAAACUACAAUCGUUUCUUGCAAAAUGAUACUAAAAUGAUCAAUGAACAAUCGCGUACGAAAGACAAUAGUUUAUUAAAUUCGAUAAAAGCAGAGACUGAAUGUGAAUGUUCAAAUUGUCCUCGUCAACAUGAUGAUUUUAUAAAUAUUACAGCUAUCGAUAAUAUUUCGAGAGAAAGUAUUGUUUAUGUUUUUGAUGCAUUUCGGGAUGAUCUUAAUGCGAUCGAAACCCGAAGUACGAGUUAUCUUGAUACAAUGAAGACAUCAUCCAAGAAUAAUUUGCUAACAGUUUUUGACCAAAUGCCUAGAUUGAUAAUAUCCUCGAAAGGCAUCAACGUAGACAUAAGUUAUCAAUCUGCAGUCUGGUUGGCAUUUGAUAAUGAUACAGAUGUGUCUAUUACUACGAAAAAAUGUGACAAUUGUAAAGAAGUGACAGAUUCUUCUACUCGAAAUUUAACUGUACCAAAGAGAGAAAAUAAAAAUUUUUAUGAUGAUAUAGAUAUAGAAAAGCGUAGUGGCAGAAUGCAACGUUCCGUUAAAUCAUUCGACCGACCUUUUAUAUCAAAGAAAAAGUUUCGAUCGAGCAAAGAAUUUAAACGUUCUGAUAUUUCGACGAACGAAUGCCUUCGUGCGAACAAUUCUUCAACAUAUGUAACAUCCGAGGCAUCGUGCUCUUCUCGUUUGAUCGCAAUCACGAGUGACUUUACAACGAGCGAGAACCGAGACAAAUUCCAAAAAUCUUGCAAGCUGAGAAAGUCUUGUGGAUACGGGUGCUUUGAUAACAGUAUAACUUCUAUUAAGUACGAGACAACGGCCCAGUAUCAAGAUGAUUAUUUUGCUGAUGUGCGACCGCGUACGACAUUCAUGAUGACCAAGUUUCGCAAUUCGGUCCACAAGUCUGUUAACAGGAUAAAGCGUUUGAUUCGGGCGAAGCUGUUUAAUAAGAAAGCUGGAAUGACACUUAUAUUGAAAAAUAAAUUUUGGAAAAAUAUGGGAUUUUUCAAAGAUACAAAACAGGAAACUAGGAAAUAUAUUAGACAGGUACAUUUCUCAACAGAUAUGUUUUUCUAUAAGUAUUAGAUGUUAUAGAAAUAU